UUAUGAUAUGAUUUAGAUGAAUAGCUUAAGAACACAUGAUGGGAGAAGAGUCAGCUGCUUCCACCAGAAGCUACACGUGACAAAAGUCGCAGGAUGUUUGUUUUGCUUCUGCUGGGUGUAGUCUCUUUGUUCUGUGCAUAUUAUGGUAAUCUUCAACAACGUCUAAAAGAGAUGGAAAUAAUGUGCUUUAAAUGUAAAAGAUACCACUCUGGGGCAUGCUAUGAAGAUAUGGAGCUCUGCAGCUUGAAGCAUCGGCAGUCUUGUGCUAUUGAGAACAUUUACUUACUUACCCCCAAAGGAAAAAGUAUGUAUCAGUAUUCAAAGCUAUCAUGUAUGACUAACUGUGAGGACAUCAACUUCCUGGGUUUUGAAAAGAGGACAGAACUGAUUUGUUGCAAACGUAACUCUUGCAACCUCCCUGUCAGAGUCUAGUUCCACAUCUUAAUCGGCUUUGGGAUCAUUAUUAAACACAUUACCCCUUCA